CCCCUCCCUGCCCCCUCCCUCCGUCCUCCGUCCAUCCUUUCAAAAAGACUCAGCGAUCAGCCUGAACAGGCAGCGUAGGCUGCCCUCUACAGGUGGAUGAAUGAAGACUCCAUUCAAGAGCCCAGCGGCCCCCCGGCCACGAGCGGAUGGCGGACAUUCAGGCGUGUCUGCAAACAUGAUGAAGAAGAAGAACUCGCACAAGAAACAGAGGACCAGUGUUGGUCCUAGUAAGACUCUGGCUCCACCCAAGAGGAGCAUAGUCGGCUACAGGAUCCAGCACAUUUGGAAGGAGGGCAGUAAGUCAUCUCAGUGGAAGGGGACAGUCCUGGACCAGGUCCCUGUUAACCCCUCUCUCUUUCUCAUCAAAUACGAUGGCUUUGAUUGUGUCUACGGCCUGGAGCUGUACAGAGAUGAGCGGGUGGUGGGGCUGGAGGUGCUGCCCGACAGAGUGGCUCCAGCCCUCGUCAGCGACUCACUGCUGGCCGACACGAUGAUCGGUAAAGCGGUGGAGCACAUGUUUGAGACGGAGGACGGGCCGAAGGAGGAGUGGAGGGGCAUGGUUCUGGCCCGGGCUCCCAUCAUGACGUGCUGGUUCUACAUCACCUACGAGAAAGACCCAGUUCUCUACAUGUACCAGCUGCUGGACGACUACAAGGAAGGAGACCUGCGCAUCAUGCCCGACUCAAACGACAACGUGACGACGGAACGGGAGCCCGGCGAGGUGGUCGACAGUCUGGUGGGCAAACAGGUGGAGUACGCCAAAGAAGAUGGCGGCAAGCGCUCGGGGAUGGUCAUCCACCAGGUGGAGGCCAAGCCCUCCGUCUACUUCAUCAAGUUUGACGACGACUUCCACAUUUACGUCUACGACCUGGUCAAGACCUCCUAAGACCGAGAACUCCAGAAAAAACUUUCACAUCCUGCCCAGAUCCUCCAUAAACACAGCCCCGCCCCCUCCUCCCCCUCGACCUGUGGAGACAGAUGAUAUCACAGGAGAAGAUGACAACUGUUCCCGAAACAACAAGUAAAAGCUGUUACAGUUCGAUCCUGAGACCAAAUGAAUAAAAAAAAAACUCAUCUGAAAGCAGGAAGGUCGACAGAAGGACGUCACUCCCCUUUUCCUGAAACCCUGUCGGACUGUUUGAAACCUCCAUCGUGUGUGUGCGCGGGGGGGAGGGGCUCUGCUGAGGUCAAUGAAGGAACACAGGCGUAGAUUUGGACCUGGUCUCCAUCGUGCAUCUGCUUUUUCAUUCAAGGCGUGAACAGACGUUGAAAACCUGAAAGAGGACGUCGACUCUUAUCAUUUCUCUUUCUCAUGUGUCGGUUCCGACAUCAUUUCCCGUCAUUAGCUGAUUUAUACGUUCAUUUUAAAGCAGCGUUCUCUGUUCUUUCCUUUCUUUCUUUUAUUGGAGUUGUUGUUUGUUGCUUGACCUUGUUUCCGGUGCUGCGUUGCCUCCCUAAAUUUCAGCCUGAAGGUUCGACCGAUAACUUGUUUUAUAAGGUUUUAAACAUUUUUAUAUUGGUGCCAAAAAGAUUCCAGAAAAGUAUUGACAGGAAGCAGAAUCGCUGAGAUGACGAUGCCCACGUUAUGUGGAAAAAAUAUUGAACCUUUCCCCGUUUUAUAAACAUGUUCUGUUUAAUAUAAUACAAGGCAGUUUAAUAUCGUUUGAUAGCACUUAGGUGAAAACAAGGUUAACAGGAAAAAUAACAAAUAGAAAGAAAAGAAAUAGGAAAAAUCAAAGUGUUGAAAUUCAGUUUUAUUGAAUUUCAGUCUGCAUUUUAUUUUCUCAUGUGUUUUGGAUCCGAUUUUAAAGGGAUAGUUCAGGUUUUUUUUGAAGGUACUGAAGUUUAUAAACCUCUCACUCCCCCACACCAAAGUCGUCCCUGUCACUAAGUUAAAAUGUAUGAAGUUCUUUGUUCACAUUUAACUUUUAAAGACACAAACUUACUGAAGAGAGACAGCAGUGGACUUUGGUGCUUUUAUAUAUGUUUUCCUUGAUAUAAAGAUAUCAUAGACUUAAUUGGACCUUAACCUUCUGUUUUCCUUGUGUUCUCAUUGGCAGCCAUGUUUUUGGCUGUUUCUGUGUAAUUAAAAAAAACCUUAACUAUCCCUUUAAUAUCAGAACGAGACACAUGAUGUUGUUCAUAAGUGUUUAUUAAUGUUCAUUAUUUGUUUUUGCAUCGUUGCCUUGUUUCACUGUGUUGUUCAGUUUCCGCCUCAGUUGUUUGUUUCGCUUUAAUAAACACUUAGACGUCAUUAAUAUCAUUUAUUAUUCAAAGAGCUGCCUGAAAAGUCAAGUUGCCAUCACAUGGAGGGUGUCGCACCUUAUUUUCUCCCAUCGUCGUCUCUCCUUUGUUUGUUUCUCCUCUUCUGUCCAGUGGAGACUGCACGCUCUCCGUCGUGAGGAAGUUUUAAAGUCAAAACAUUUCCUUCUUCAGGAGGAAACUCUCUCCGUGAUUUAACGUCCUCUCCUCUUCGUUGCUCUGACCACCAAACAUCCGAGUCUAAAGAGGCGUGGCUGUCUCUGUCCACAUCACAUUCCCCGUGUGAGUCCGUGUAGCGCUGACCUUGUACAGUUGGAGCAGCUUCUCCCAUAUUUUUGUUCAUUUUCUUAAGUAAAACUCGCUGAUUGUAGCGUCUUGAUUCCCUUAAAAUGUCGACUUAAGAUUCUAGAACCUUAUUUUGAAGACAAACACAUGAGAACAUUUGACUUCCAUUGUGAUGAAUCUGUGUUCCCACAUCUUUUGUGUGUUCUCCAGAGCUUUCGAGAUCCUUUUUUUUUUCUACUCUGUUCAAAACACAAAAUUCACAGCUUUGGGUUCUGGAACGAUAAGAGUUUUGUAUGGAAAAAAAGAAAUACGAGCGUUGUUUGUGAUUGAAUUAAAGAGUGUGGUGUCGUCGUAGAAUUCAUCCCAUUCCGACGUCGUUUGUUGUUCCACAGGGUUCUGAACGUGUGGAGACGAGAACGUCGCGGAACCCUCACGUUGUGAUUCUAGAAUCAUCUCUUCCCGACAGAAUCUGUUUGGUUUUCAACAAUACAUUUUUUUUUUCCUCCAUAAAAAGACAUUUUCUUUGAACUCACAGCUUUGGAUUCUAUAUAUAUUUAUGUAUAUAUAGAAUAUACACAUGUAUAUAUCUAUCCAGAGUAGAAAUCAACACCUACUUCGUUAAAACUCAAUGACUAAUCGAUGAGUUGAGUAUGUGUGUGACAAGGCAGGUUCAAUAUGACCCGGGUGUUUCCCACAAUGCAUCUCUUCAGGGUGAGAAUGGCAGGAUGUCAGGGUUGUGCCGAGCCUCCCGGUGUUGUCUGGUGGGAAAUCAGGGUGAAAUCAAACUGACCUUUGCCUCUAUGAUGUGGACAUGAGUCGUCGUAUGUUCAGGAGGUGAAAUGGCGUUAGUGACCAUGGAUCUGUGUGUGUGUGUGUGUGUGUGUGUGUGCGCGUGUGUGUGAACCAGCCCCUGUUCACAGCUGUGUUGUUUUUGCAUGCCUAUAUAGCUCAGUGUAAAUCGAUGUGCGUUGCAUGUCUGUGUAGUUUUCGGUUCUUCAGCUGGUUCUGUCCUCUGUGGCUUCUGGUGCCUUUCAUUUGGUUCCCUUGUCUUUUAUUUCUCCGGUUCUAUUUAACGUUUCUAUCUCCGCUCAGAGGCUGCUGGUGCUUCUGGUAUUUUAGGGUUAUAUUAUAGGACAAAACAUGACAUCAUGGUGGCUGUGAGUUCUGUUUUUGGGUGGAUUGUCCCUUGAGUGCCAACUAGAGAUGCCAGUGUUGUACAGCAGUGAAAUGCUCAUACUAUUUACUAAAAUAAAAAUGUAUGUUGUUUUUCA